GGGGGGAGGGAGGGACAUGGAGUGCACGCGGCGUACAGAGAAGGAGAGCGAGCGACUGACGGACGAGUUGAAGCAAUUUCUCUUGCCCUGUACAGGACGGGGUUGGCCUGCAAUCAGCACACGGGAAAUGUGGAAAGUGAUCCGGCAGAGGAGCGAGCGAGAGACAAGCUAACGAAUGUAGACGGGGAGUGCACGCGGCGUCCAGAGAAGGUUCAAGCUGAGGUGAGUGAGCGAUUGUGCGUUGAAGCAAUUUCUCUCGCCCUGGAAUAAGUACACGGAAAAUGUGGAAAGUGGUCCGGCAGACGAGCUUCAUUUCAUUGCGAUCUUUUCUGUACCUCCGGAUGGGUGGACGAGCCUCCUGAGGACGCGUAGUCGAUGACCUUGCUGCUGUCGUCGCUCGUUCCUCCCACGACAUAGUUUGCUCGCUCACAGGCAAAGGGCGAACACGCCGCGUCGGCUGCAUUCACGAGGAGAUUUGUAGUCAGCACCGAUGGACGUGUUCAGGAAUUCGCAGGAGCCUUUCGGUCGGCAAAGGCGGACGACCAUGCGAAGCUACGGGAUGCGCCUCAGGGAUAACAUCCGGUGCAAGAAUUUCUGGCAAGAGCUGAGCGGAUCGCUGGGAGAUCUGGGCACCUUCAUUCCCAUCCUGCUGGCUCUGGCGUACGUCAAUAAAGUGGACCUGGGAACGACGCUGCUCUUCACCGGCAUGUACAACGUGGUCACGGGCGUUCUCUUCGGAGUUCCCAUGCCCGUGCAGCCCAUGAAAUCCAUCGCCGCUGUGGCCAUCGCCGAGGGGCCCGACCGCCUCACGGUGCCUCAAAUCAUGGCCGCAGGACUCAGCACAGGCGCCGUGCUCGCGUUUCUCGGCCUCUCCGGCCUCAUGACCGUGGUCGACAAAAUCGUCCCGCUGCCAGUGGUGCGAGGAAUCCAACUCUCCCAGGGCAUCGCAUUCGGCAUCACCGCUGUCAAGUACAUUCUCUACAACCAGGAUUUCACGGCCAACAAAAGCAGUGGCGAUCGGAUGUGGAUCGGACUCGACGGAUUGCUUCUGGCUCUGGCUGCCUGCGUGGUCAUCAUCUUGUGCACGGGCCCAGGAGGUGGUCGGCAGUGCCGAUCGCCGCGCCAGGAAGAGGUGGGCGAGACAACGAGAUCGAGAAACUCAGAAACCCACGAGGACGUCGAAUCCUCGAACGAGGCUCCGGGAGAAUCGGCCCGAAAGUGGGUAGCGCCUGCAGGGAUUCUACUGUUUUUGCUCGGGGUAGUGCUCGCCAUCAUCAGGGAUCCAGCGACUCUGGGGGAUCUGAAGCUGGGGCCAUCCCCACUGAAGCUCGUGAAGAUUUCCAUGAACGACUGGAAAGUGGGGUUUGUGAGGGCGGCCAUUCCACAGCUUCCUCUGUCUGUGCUGAAUUCGGUGGUCGCUGUGUGCAAGCUCUCGAACGAUCUGUUCCCCAACAAGACUGUGACCGUGUUCUCUGUGUCCACCAGCGUGGGAUUGAUGAACCUCGUGGGAUGCUGGUUCGGAGCCAUGCCCGUGUGUCACGGCGCAGGCGGCCUCGCAGGCCAGUACAAGUUUGGAGCUCGAAAUGGGCUGGCACCGGCGCUGCUGGGAGGCGCGAAGCUCGUCCUCUCGUUGCUGCUGGGAAGCUCUCUGCUGCGUCUGCUGGCAUCGUUCCCCGUCGGCCUGCUCGGAGCGUUGCUGCUCUUCUCCGGGGCAGAGCUAGCGAUGGCCUGCCGCGACCAAAAUUCCAACGAAGAUGCUUUCGUUAUGCUCGUCUGCACGAUCGUCUCGCUGUCCAAAGCCAGCGCUGCCAUCGGUUUUGCCACCGGCAUGCUGGUCUUCCUCCUCCUCAAGCUCCGCGACUUGCCCACUGAGUAUCCCAGGUACAUCUCCGGGGCCCGCAACCUUGUGAAGAAAUCUGUCCAACCCGACGAGGUGAGACUACUUCAAGGCCAUGAAGACGAUGAAGAUGCAAUCCGUGCAACGCGAUGAUUCGAGACUCUACAUCCAACUGCCGCCCAAGCCCAUGGUCUUGAACAAGCUGAUCAGAAGGGAGGCCGUGGGGACAUAGACAUGACAUCGAGUCCUGUAAUUACUGUACACUGGCGCAUUUGGCAACACUGAUUUGGCCUCGUGACCCCCACCCCAUAGAUGAUCUUCGGCGGGGAUCGUGCUGACCUGGUUCACCUCGGCCGAUUGACCAGUCACAUAUUAUGUGCAUGAGUAAAACGGAUUGAGAGGUAUUUGUGGAUUCAUGUCGGGAAGUCGUGGAUGUUCGAAUUACAGUGUACUUACUCACGAUAAAUCCCGGGCACAUUAUCAGAAAAAUAGGAUUUGCCUUAUGAUGCCUCGAUUUCGCAACGCUAAUCGCCCUCAGACUGCCUGCCUUGCCAGGCAAAGUCCGACCGGACCGAUUAACCUGUCCUUGAUCUCACCGAAAUCGGUCUCGACCUCAUCACCACAAUCGAGUUUCUGCACAAGCUCUCUCACCAUGAUCAGUAUAAGGAGUACAUCAGAUAACAUCAGAGUUAUGUGAAAUUCAAGCCCAAUCUCUACUCUUUGUGGCACAAGUUAUUACAACAAAAAGCAGAUUCGAACCGCAAUGAGCCAGGUAACCCAUGUUCACGUGUUGGUUACCAUUGUUGGGGGAUUGUUGGGUUCACAGCACAGGGUGGGAUAUCACGCCCAACUUCUGGCAUCCAGCUAGGUUCUUUAAUUCUUUAAUUCUUUUUCAUUCGUU